AUGGACGUCGGCGUGAACCCCCUCCUCGCGGACAGGGCAAGGCGGCGGCGCUCUCUUCCCGCGUCUCCGCGGAUGAUGGGCGUCAGCGCGUUUUUUUUCUUCUCGCUCGUCUGGUUGCCUCUGCUCGGCGCGCGCGUCGCCGACGCCGCGCCUUCGAGCCCGUCGCAGACUGCGAACGCCGCGCAGUGCCCAGCCGCUGCGCCGUCCACGUUUUCCCCGCCCCCGUCGUCCUGUUCGCGGCUGACUCCCUAUCUCCCGCCGCCGGGGAAGGCUCGGCGCGCGCGCCCGCGAGUUCAGAUUUUCUUUCCACCGCCCAAGCCUCGAGAGCGCGUCUCGCCGCUCGCCUUCUGGCUGCAUCUCGCGCUUUUGCUUCUCGCGUGCCUCGGCGCCGCCGCGACGCUUCUCUCCUUGCUAGUGGAGCGGCGGCGGCUGUGGGCAGUCGCGGAGUCUCUUCUGCCCCCUGUCGCGCUCUGGCGCAGGGCCCGCCGGAAGCUGCAGCAGCGCCUCCGCCGCCUGGCGUGCGUCUACGAAGAGCGCCGCGAACGCCGAAUCAAAACGAUCACGCAGUUGCUCUUUGCCGUGGAGGUUCACAACAAGCAGAAACAACGCGAGUGUGCCUUGAACAUCGAGGCGACUGAGCGAGAGCUGGAGACGCUGAGCAAAAGAUUCCUGGCAGUCCGCGCACGCUUGGCGUUUGGAGCGCAGUGCGCGGCCCUAGGGCGGGCGUGCUGCGCGUGGCUGGGCGCGUGUGGAAGCGCGUCCGCGAGCGCGUCCUCUGCGUCGUUUGUCCUGCUGCCGGAGGACUCGGAGUGGGCCUCGUCGGGUUCCUCUGAGCCCGAGCGCGAGGAGGACGAGGACGGCGCGUCGACGGUGAUCUCCUCGCUGACGAUUGAUUCGCUGCUGCAUGCGCGCAUCUCGGCGUGCGCGCAGACGCGCGCCGCCGGCGAGAGCACCCGCCGCGCCGAGCGCGCGCGAAGCGGAGACGAUUCCGACGGUCAGGGCGGUGAAGGCCGCGAGAGCUUUGUGUGGAAGGCGCUUUGGGGGCACAGCGUGGCGCGCGAGGACGGCUUGGGGGAGGGGCAAAGCAGCGAGGAGGAGGACGAGCGAGGCCUCGCGGCGGAGGCCGCCUGCGGGCGGGGCUGGGCGCCAGGGGGCCGCGACGACGCGGGCGCAGAAAGGGACGCUGCGGCGCUGCGCGGCGGCCGGCCUCCCGCCCGCAGGCGGGAUAGCGACAGCUCGAGCAGCGAAGAAGAGAACGCGCUGGAGGGCGAGGACCUCUCCGCGAGCGCCUCCUUCCAAGACUUCCUCCCUUUCUCGUCCUCCAACGAGUUCUCGCCCUGCUCCUCCUCCUUCGCGCGCGGCGCGCCCGCGGAGCCAGGCGAAGGGCUGGAGGUCGACGACGCAGGAAAGAUCGGCGCCGCCGCGCAGCGCUACGUGCGGCUGUCCUCUGCCUCCCCGUCGCUCUCUUCGCCCUCAGAUGGAGGAGACGCCUCUGAGAGCGAAGAUCUGAUUUUUGUGGAGGCGCUGCGCGAGCGCCGCGAACACUGCGCGCCAGAGACUGUGCGCGUGAAGCGCGAGGGCGCCAACUGCACGCUGGGCGCGCGCGAGAGAGACGAACCGAGCCAGGAGGGCGACGCGAGGAGGCGGCCCGCGCGCGCGAGGCCGGCGGCGCGGGGGGAAGCGAGCCAGGCGAAAUCGGGGGGGGCGGACGCAGUCUCUGUGGCCUCGUGGAGAGCCUCGCUGAUGGAGGGCGCCGUGUGGGGUCACCGCCUCGACCAACUGCAGAGAAGGAAAUUCCUCAAUUCGUCGAAACUUUUGAAGGACAACAGCGGCGCCACGCGCGCCCCAAACGCCACGUAA